AUGACGACGGUGGCUUUGGGGUCUAUCAAGUCCCUCACCGGCUUCGUCCUCUCCCUUCUCGCGGUCACCACCUCGGUCUGCGCAACUCCUACUCCUGUAGAUAACUUCCCAACUACUCUGCAAGUCGUUGCGCGAUCUCCACCGACCAAGCUUCCAAGCACGAUCAAGGGCUUCCCACCAAAAGACUGGAAGUGCAAGCUUACUCAAAAGAACGACAAGAGUCAGCAUCGCCCAAAAGCCUCACUGUGCAGAUACCAACAACUCUCAGCCCAGACGUUUGACAGUGAUUACAUCAAGAGGAGCGUUGAAUAUGGCCUCCAGCUCCGCGACAAUGGCGAUAAUAAGGCUGGGAGCAGCAAGUACCCAGGCUGGCUGAAAGCGCCAAAGUCUAUCGAAGGUCUCGAGGACUACAAGGGUGAGACCAAUGUUGAUCACUUUCCACUCACGCACGAUGGCAAGACCGUGUUUGUUGGAGGAACCCAGAAGUCGACCAGCGACGCAAGAGUCGUAUAUCAGCACACGAUCGGCUCAGAUGAGGCUAUAUUCAUCGGCGUGUGGACUCAUGCAGGUAGGAAGGAUGGUAAAUUUGAGAAGUGUGAGGAGGUAUAG